CCAGCAGGGUUUGGUUGGGUCCAGGCUCGACAGCUCCUUUUUGUUCCAGUGCCAAGAGAGUUUGGUUUGGUCCAGGCUCGCCAGGUCCUUCUUGUCCUCGUACCAGGGGGUUCUGAUGUCCAGGCUGGACUUGUCCUAGCUGUCCAUUCAUCGCCAUGGGAAAGAAGAGUCGAGUAAAGACUCAGAAGUCGGGCUCAGGAGCCAGUGCUGUGGUUUCUCCCAAGGAGAUGAUGAACCUUGUCUCUGAACUGCUACAGAAAUGCAGCAGUGCAGCACCCUCUGCUGGGAAAGAAUGGGAGGAAUAUAUUCAAAUCAGAGCCUUGGUAGAGAAGAUCCGCAAGAAACAGAAGGGUAUGUCAGUCGUGUUUGAGGGCAGCAGGGAAGACUACUUCUCAGAUCUGAUGUGCUGGGCUCAGUACAGUGGGGCUUCCUGCGACAGCUUUACAGUGGCCAACUUUGGCAAGGAGGGCUACGGCUUACGUGCCACCAGGGAGAUCAAGGCAGAGGAACUCUUCCUGUGGAUUCCCAGGAAGAUGCUCAUGACAGUAGAGUCAGCGCAGAACUCUGUACUGGGUCCUCUGUACAGCCAGGACCGGAUUCUGCAGGCCAUGGGUAACGUGACACUGGCCCUCCAUCUACUGUGUGAACGGGCCAUUCCUUCAUCACCCUGGCAGCCGUACAUCCGCACUCUUCCUCAGGACUAUGACACACCGCUCUACUACCAGCAGGAUGAGGUGCGCCACCUGCUGGGCACACAGGCAGUGCAGGAUGUGCUGAGCCAGUACAAGAACACAGCGCGCCAGUAUGCCUACUUCUACAAACUGAUACAGACUCAUCCCGCCGCCAGCAAACUGCCCCUGAAGGACAGCUUCACGUUCGAUGACUACAGAUGGGCAGUUUCCUCGGUGAUGACACGUCAGAACCAGAUUCCCACUGAGGAUGGUAGCCGGGUCACCCUGGCCCUCAUCCCCCUCUGGGACAUGUGUAACCACACCAGUGGACUGAUCACCACUGGAUACAAUCUAGAGGAUGACCGCUGUGAAUGUGUGGCGCUGCAGGACUACAAAGAGAAUGAACAGAUCUACAUCUUUUAUGGCACGCGAUCCAACGCCGAGUUCGUCAUCCACAACGGCUUCUUCUUUCAGGACAACGCCCAUGACCGAGUGAAAAUUAAGCUGGGCAUCAGCAAGAGCGAACGCCUCUAUGCCAUGAAGGCCGAGGUGCUUGCACGAGCCGGCAUCCCAGCGUCCAGUAUCUUUGCUCUGCACUGCAACGAACCACCCAUUUCAGCCCAACUCCUAGCCUUUCUUCGAGUUUUCUGCAUGACAGAGGAGGAACUGAAGGACUACCUGCUCGGAGAACGUGCCAUCAAUAAGAUCUUUACAUUGGGAAACAGUGAGUUCCCUGUCAGCUGGGAGAAUGAGAUCAAGCUGUGGACUUUCCUCGAGACCCGAGCUGCCCUGCUCCUCAAGACUUACAAGACCACCUCAGAGGAGGACCGCUCUAUGCUGGAGAAACCUGAUCUGUCUCUCCAUUCUCGUGUGGCCAUCCAGCUUCGCCUGGCUGAGAAGCAGAUCCUGGAGAAGGCAUCAGCCAGUGGACGGGCCAAACGCCUGCAUUUCCAGAAAAAGCUGGAAGAGGGCGCUCCAUUGCCUCGUUAUGAGGAAAGCGAUAUCGCUUUGUUGGAGAAUGCUGAUUCAGAUGCAAAGCUUCCAAUUAUCCUGCGCAAACUCGAAGAGGUAGAAGAAGGCCAGGAGAUCCAAGUAGAUGAGCACAGUGGCCUCCUUAAUGGGGGGAAGGCUGUCUAUGGGACGGAUAUCAGCCCCCCUGUGGAAGCUAACGAAGACUCUGGCCCAGUGCAAGAGGAAGCUAAGGAGAAUGUCAGCAAGGAGGUUCACUCAACAUUGGACUCUGUUAAAAGAUCUAAUGCAACCCCGGGCCAAAGGGAAGUGGCCAACCUAAGUGCCAAUCGAACUGAAGAUAAUCCCAAAGAGAACAGUGAAUAGAUUUAUUCCACUUACUGCCACCGCCCAUGCUAUUUAUUUAUUUUUGUGUCUCUUAAAUGACUCAGAAGUAUAGAUGCUGAAAUAAAUUUAAAUUCAAAUUUCAGAAGUGUUUUGACUGUGCGUUCAUCCAGCGUGGCUUUUGUUAGUUGUCCGCUGUUGAACUUGCCAGAUGUUAAAUGCUGCCAGUGUGUCCCCUAGCCUUCUGUGCGGUACAGUUUGUCAAUUUUAUUUAGAAAAAAAAAGGAUUUUUUUUUUUAAUUGCAGUACACUCGUUUACAUUGAAAAUACAAACUGUUAGAGGCCUACAGUAAAGGAGAAAGCUGGGGACACCGCAGAACUGGUUCCAGCACUUCUAGGUGGACAAAAAAAGAUGGAGUUAGGUGAAUGUUAUUUUCAGAGAGCCAAAAUGUCUCUAAUUCUUUGAAUUGGUUGGUUUAUUGCUGCAGUUUGUCUCCAUAUAUGUCUGAUAUGAUUUGAGUUGACAAUCGUAUUCUCUAGUGCAUCUUGGUUGUGCUGCUGAGUAAAGACGAUCACUGCCCUCUCUUCCCUUUUUUUCCCCCUCAACAUCAUUUGAAGUAACUAAAGGACACUCAUAUAGACAAAAUUCUCCACUAGCACUGGGGAAAGUAGUGUGAAAUGUUAUCUAAAAUGUUACUGAUCAGGAUGAGAGGCCACAUUGGUAAGUAUUUGUCAUUUUUUGCUUUCCAAAAUUCUAGUUUUAUUUUAUUACAGGUUUUCCAUCAGCAUAUUGUUGCAGGCCUAAUUAAGAUGAGAUGAGAAGGUUGCAGGUGGUCAUGGUUUUAUGUUUUUUUUUUUUUUUUAACUGUUUUGAAUGUACGCUGCAGUAAUUACCCAAGGAUGUCACUUAAAGAGAGUGGUAACAUAUCACAGUUUUUGCCCAUGGAAAGCCAUAUACUGAUGACCCAGCGCAACACAACUUAACAGACAAGACGACAGUUUGCAUGAAUCAUUUUUCCAGUUGGACAGUUCUGUUUAACAGCCUCAAAAAUGAGGUGAUUUGAACAUGACACUUGUAUGAGAAACAAGAAAGCACUGUCACUAAGCCUUUGCUCUUUUUUUUCUCUCUUUUGGCUUUGGUUUGUGUUAACCAGUUGGAUAAUGAAGAUUUAGCAGAUCUGGCCAUGUUGUCAGCUUGCAGUUUGUGUCUGAAGGGAAGGCAAUGACUUAGCAUUGCCGUCAUGCUCCCAAUUAAAAUGUUAUAUCAUAAUAUGACCAAAAUUGGGUCGUAAUUCAACUUAAACAAAUUUUCUGCUUAAUGUGUAUUACCAACUUGUACCACAGUCUGUAAUAUGAUAAGCCUGUUUUGUAUCACGUUUGAUGUGUCACUUGUCUUUCUGUGGCUAGAGCACUUUCCAUCACAAAUCUGUAUUUUUUAUGCAAUCAUUUUCUUUACCAACAUUAUUGGUAACCUUUUCAGUAUAUUUGCUGCUUUUCUAAAAACCUCUGUAUCAUCAUUUGUGUGAGCUCCUAGCUUUAACCAUAGACUCAAAAAAUCCUGGGUACGUUGUUAUCCAGCCGAAUUAGACUCCUCACCAGCUUACCGUAUGCAGUAGUUCUGGGUUUCUAUUUGCAGAAAAAGACCCAGCUUGUACAGUAAAAGCUAGAGUGGGUAAGGAAACUCUUUCCAAAGCUGUCAACAUCCAACAGCCAGAGAUUAAACUUCAUCUCAUUUCUCA